GUAAGGCAAAGUGGAGAAGAAGAAGAGGAAGAACGGAGUUCCCGGCGCAUUGAGAGGCUUGCUGCUUCUGGGUUGCUAUGUGUAUCCACGCCACGACAAUUUGAACUGCACCGCAGGAACACCGGCCCGGUGAAGGCGUGGCCAUGUCUGGCAAACCCAGCGCACUGGCGCCGAUCCGGGACAAAGCCUUCCUGACGUCGGUGUUCGAGUCGAUGGACCGCGACCGCACGGGCUUCAUCAAUGUGUCCGAGUUGCAACGGGCGCUCGCCAGCGGCACGUGGAAGCCGUUUGGCGAAGAGCUCGUGCUCCUCAUGGUCAAGAUUUUCGACCGGGACUUCAGCAACAAGAUUAACUUCGACCAGUUCUGCACCCUGUGGUCGUACAUCACUGAGUGGUUCAAUGGCUUCAAGAAGGUCGAUCGCACCAACUGCGGCCGCCUGGACAAGACGGAACUGCAGACGGUCUUUAGCAACCUGGGCCAUCAGGUGUCGCUCGGCCUGUGCCACAUGAUGAUUCGUCGCUUCGAUCAGCAGGGCGAUAACAAGAUUAUGAUUGAAGACUUUGUGCGCCUGUGCGUCAUCAUGCAGGACGCCACGCAGGAGUUUAAGACGCUCGACCCGAACAAGACGGGAUCGGCCAAGGUCACCUACGACGACUUUGUUUGUAGCACAUUCAAGAUGUGCAAGUGACCUCGCCGCUGCUUCUCACCAGCUGGCUGCAAUAAAGGAAAAUUGCGCGCGGGGCACUUCGUUGUCGAAGAGGAAC